AAAACACGGCGAGUCGAGUUGUGAACCCACCAGCUUUUCCACUCGCGACUCGCGAUUCCAACGAUCUCAACCCGUUCUUCUUCUCUGAGGCGAUUUCUGAAUGUCUCUUCAUCAGGCUUUGCUCUGACAACAUCGCAAUAUCAAUUCAGUUAUUGAAUUUCAUUUCAAAUACAUAGAAGAAUGAUGCUCAAAAUCAAAUGCUGGAGACUGAUUGGUACGAAAUUCAGAGAUUUCACAGCGACCACCGUGGCGGAUGCAAUCGCUUAGCCGCAACCUUUCAGCAGCUGGAUCAGCUAAGGGUUGAACCAAUAUAGUACAAGUUGCUGCAUGGUUGAAGAGAUGACCUCACUUCGCUCCCCUGGAUAUUCUGACCCUGGAUGGGAGCACGGCAUUGCACAAGAUGAGAGGAAGAAGAAGGUCAAAUGCAAUUAUUGUGGGAAGAUAGUUAGUGGUGGGAUAUACAGAUUAAAGCAACACUUGGCUCGGGUUUCUGGAGAAGUUACAUAUUGUGACAAGGCUCCAGAGGAAGUGUUUCUGAAAAUGAGAGAAAAUCUGGAAGGAUGCCGUUCCAAUAAGAAACCAAGGCAAUCUGAAGAUGAUGGACAUACAUAUUUGAAUUUCCACCAAAAUGAUGAUGAGGAGGAGGAGGAAGAGCAUGCUGGCUACAGAAGCAAGGGAAAGCAAUUGAUGAGUGACAGGAAUUUGGUUAUAAAUUUGGCCCCUCUUCGGUCAUUAGGAUAUGUUGACCCCGGUUGGGAACAUGGUGUUGCCCAGGAUGAGAGGAAGAAAAAGGUAAAAUGCAAUUAUUGUGAGAAAAUAGUCAGUGGAGGCAUUAAUCGGUUUAAGCAACAUCUAGCUAGAAUACCUGGUGAAGUAGCACCUUGUAAAAAUGCUCCUGAGGAAGUGUAUCUUAAAAUAAAAGAGAAUAUGAAAUGGCAUCGUACUGGGAGGAGGCACAGGCGACCUGAUGCUAAGGAGAUAUCAGCUUUUUAUAUGAAUUCAGAUAAUGACGAUGAAGAGGAUGAGCAAGAUGAAGAUGCCCUACAUCGCAUGAACAAAGAAAAUCUGAUAAUUGGUGAGAAAAGAUUGAGCAAAGACCUGAGGAAGACUUUUAGGGGUAUUUCCCCCGGUAGUGGUUCUGAACCAUCACUAAGAAGAUCAAGAUUGGAUUCUGUUGUGCCAAAGACACCAAAGAGUCAGAAGGCACUUUCUUACAAGCAAGUAAAAGUAAAAACAGGAUCCAGUAAGAAAACCCGCAAGGAAGUUAUUUCUGCCAUUUGCAAGUUUUUCUAUCAUGCUGGAGUUCCUCUACAUGCAGCAAAUUCCCCAUACUUCCAUAAAAUGCUGGAGUUGGUUGGUCAGUAUGGACAGGGUUUGGUAGGCCCUCCAACCCAACUCAUAUCUGGUCGUUUUCUACAGGAAGAAAUUGCGACCAUUAAGAACUAUCUAGCCGAGUAUAAGGCAUCCUGGGCAAUUACUGGUUGCUCUAUUAAGGCAGAUAGUUGGAGAGAUGCACAGGGUAGGACACUGAUCAAUAUUUUGGUUUCCUGUCCACAUGGUAUAUAUUUUGUUUCUUCAGUUGAUGCCACAGAUAUAGUAGAUGAUGCUGCAAAUUUAUUCAAGUUGCUGGACAAAGUGGUGGAAGAGAUGGGCGAGGAAAAUGUAGUUCAGGUAAUCACUGAGAACACUCCCAGUUAUAAGGCUGCUGGAAAGAUGCUUGAAGAGAAGAGGCGGAGUUUAUUCUGGACCCCUUGCGCAGCCUAUUGUAUUGACCAGAUGCUUGAAGAUUUCAUCGGGAUAAAAUUGGUAGGAGAAUGCAUGGAGAAAGGCCAAAAAAUCACUAAGUUCAUUUACAACCGAAUUUGGUUGUUGAAUCUUAUGAAAAAGGAAUUUACCCAGGGACAGGAACUUCUGAGGCCAGCCAUUAGUCGAUGUGCCUCUAGCUUUGCUACUUUGCAAAGCUUGCUGGACCACAGGAUAGGCCUUAAAAGGCUGUUCCAGUCAAAUAAAUGGCUUUCAUCUCGGUUCUCGAAGUCUGACAAAGGUAAAGAGGUGGAAAAAAUUGUAUUAAAUGCCACAUUUUGGAAGAAGGUGCAGUAUGUUAGGAAAUCAGUGGACCCAUUAGUGCAAGUGCUUCAAAAAGUAGAUAGUGUUGAAAGUCUAUCAAUGCCAUCUAUAUAUAACGACAUGUACAGGGCGAAGCUUGCUAUCAGAUCCACUCAUGGUGAUGAUGCUCGUAAAUAUGGACCUUUCUGGGCCGUGAUAGACAAUCAUUGGAGCUCAUUGUUCCACCACCCUCUAUAUAUGGCUGCCUACUUCUUGAAUCCAUCAUACCGAUAUCGUUCCGAUUUCUUAGUGCAUCCAGAGGUGGUGCGAGGACUGAAUGAGUGCAUUGUUCGACUGGAGCCUGACAAUAUGCGAAGGAUUUCUGCAUCCAUGCAGAUUUCUGAUUUUAAUUCUGCAAAAGCUGAUUUUGGAACGGAAUUGGCAAUUAGUACAAGAACAGAGCUGGAUCCAGCUGCAUGGUGGCAACAACAUGGGAUAAAUUGCUUAGAACUGCAACGAAUAGCUGUACGCAUAUUGAGUCAGACAUGCUCAUCCUUCGGUUGUGAGCACAACUGGAGUACAUAUGAUCAGAUCCACCGUGAAAGUCACAAUCGUCUGGCUCAGAAAAGAUUAAACGACCUCAUCUAUGUGCACUACAACUUGAGACUAAGAGAACGUCAAUUGAGCAAAAGGUCUAAUGACGUGAUGUCCCUUGACAGUAUUCUGCUUGAAAGUUUAUUAGAUGACUGGAUUGUAGAGGCAGAGAACCCCACCGUGCAAGAGGACGAGGAGAUACCUUAUAAUGAAAUGGAUCACACUGAUGCAUACGAGAACGAUUUGAUGGAGUAUGAAGACGGAACCGCAGAUGGUAGAAAGGCGUCGCUGGAGAUGGUGACUCUGUCCAGUGUAGAGCCUUUGGAUAUCGUCAAUCCUGCCUCUGCUGGUGUUGCUACUGAUGAUGACACCGAUCUCAAUUUUCUUGGUGAUGAUUUGAGUGACUAGUCUUGGUUACAUGAUUCAAGUGACACGGGACCUGGUAGUUAAUCUGGAAAUGUCCACAAGUAUGCUGGGUUGAAUGAAAAUCUGCUCAAGUGCUUCUGAGUAAUUUUGGGUGUCAUCUCAAGUCUGUAAAUUAUUACCCAUUUUGAUUAAUUUAUAAGUAACUAUUUGACAGGUUCAUGACA